AUGGUAAAAGCUAAAGUAUUAAGAAUUGGUAAAAUAGAAUUUGCUAAUGAAAAAUGGGAUGAAAUUAAAAAAUUAGCUGAAGUUAUUGAUUGUGAAUCUAAAAAUAGACAAGAAUUUAUUAAAGAUUUAGGAAAUAAAUAUUCAGAUAUUACAAAUAUAGCAAGAACUUUUGCAUCAAUUGAACAAACUGGUAGAUUUGAUGAAGAAUUAGCUUCUAAAAUGCCAGAAACAUUAGUAAGUGUUAGUCAUUGUGGUGCAGGAUAUGAUCAAAUUGAUGUUGAGCCAUUUACUAAACGAGGAGUUCAAGUUUCAAAUGUAACAGUACCAGUAGAAGCUCCAACAGCUGAUACAGCUGCAUGGUUAACUAUAACAUGUUUAAGAAAUUAUCAAAUAGGUCAUGAUAAUUUAAUGAAAGGAGAUUGGUUGAAAAAAAAAGCAGCAGGUACUUCAUUAGGUCAUUCACCAAAAUCUCAAGUUUUAGGAAUAAUGGGAAUGGGUGGAAUUGGUAGAGCUAUAAGAGAUAGAUUGACUCCUUUUGGAUUUAAAGAAAUUAUAUAUUACAAUAGAAGUCAAUUACCUUCUGAAUUAGAAAAAGGUGCAAAAUACGUUUCAAAAGAUGAAUUAUUUUCUAAAUCUGAUGUUAUAUGUAUAAGUAUUCCAUUAAACAAUGAAACAAGACAUUCAAUAGAUAAAGAAAGUAUAAAUAAAAUGAAAGAUGGAGUAAUUAUAAUAAAUACAGCAAGAGGUGCAGUUAUAAAUGAACAACAAUUACCAGAUUUGAUAAAAUCAGGAAAAAUUGGAGCUCUUGGUGCUGAUGUUUUUGAACAUGAACCUAAAAUUGCUAAAGAAUUAAUAGAUUUACCAAAUGUCGUAAGUUUACCUCAUAUGGGAACUCAUACUUAUGAAGCUAUAAAAGAUAUGGAAGAAUGGACUGCUGAUAAUGUUGAAGUUUGUUUAAAAACUGGUAAAGUUAAAACUAUUGUACCUGAACAAAAAAAUAUGAAAAUUGAUGCAAAACCUUUAGUAUAA